CCGAGACAUGAGGGGGACUCUUAACGUGUGGGGAUGAGACGAGAUCGGCUGUUUCCACAUUUGCAGCUCUGGGCUCGUUGACUCUCUGUUUCGGCUCAGGAUGGCGCAGGGAGGCUCUCAGCUCGACUACCACAUCCUGCAGGACCUCAAGCAGCGUUUCCCAGAGAUCCCAGAGGGGGUAGUGUCACAGUGCCUUCUGCAGAACAACAAUAACCUGGAUCUCUGCUGCCAUCUGCUGGCUCAGGAGAGUAACAGAUACCUGUAUGGUGAUUUCCAUCCCAGUCCAGAGGAGGGGCGGCUGAACCGAAAUCACAUGCUACACAUUAGCUUGGGCUACCCAGGUUCAGAUGCAAGCAAAUCAAAUGGAGGAGCAGGAGGAGUAGGGCGCUCCCUAGUGCACAGCACCAGUGACAGUCACAUCGAUCCGCAGCGACCCAACUACCCCGAACCGCUGUCAGCCCCUGCCGCCAUGGCUCCUUCCCCUGGAUACAAUCCUUUUUUCAUGAAUGAUCAGAGCCGCUCGGCCAGCACUCCCACCCCUCCGCCCACAAUACCAGGCAUGUCUCCCACAUACUCUUCUGUUUCACAUUACACCAUGAACCCUAUAACAGUCACUCUUUCCCAAAGCAUACCCAACGUCCCACAAGCUCUGCAGAUCCCUCCUGGACACUACGCGAACAACACCAACGCAACCCUGUACAUUCGGCCCUCGCCAUCUCAAAGCCCGCAGCCAGCACCCUGGUCCUCCUCAGGUGCUCCCGUCUAUCAACAUCAGCAGUCCCCGUACAGCACUCCCACAUACGGCUCACCUUACAGCUCCCCACAGCAUCAGGUCCAGGCGCAGCCCCAACCGCAACCCCAGCUACAACCCCAGCUGCAACCCCAGCACCAGCCCCAGCACCAGCAGUAUGUCUUCCUCCCUAUAAGCUCCCCAACUCUUCCCAGCAUGCCCUACCAUCACCAGCAGCCGCCCCAGCAACAGCCUCCUGUUUACAGGCCGUACCAAACAAAGAACCUCCUUAAGAACCAGAUAGAGAUUACUCUGGAGGGUCCGCGGCCUCGCAGCAAUUCACCUGUGCACACUCCUCACCCCCCGGGACCACUUUACAUGUCUACCAGCUCUUCGCCCAGUUCCCCUUCGAGGGGCAUCGCAAUGAGUGCAGGUCCGCAGUCGUACCACCCUGGGGUGUACAUGCAGGGAAGACCUCGGCCCGCCUCGUCCCCUCAACCGGGGCAGUCAGCCUACACGUUCAAAAUCAAAGUGUCCCCAGGAGGGCAGGCUCAGAGGCCCCCGAGCUCGCCACCCGUCACUGAAGCCGAGCCUAUUCUCAACAUAGUAGACCAAGGGGCGCACAACGCCGCCCCUGCACCCAUCCUGCCCAUCUCCGCUCUCCCGGGGACGAUCACCAGUCAGUUUCAGCCAAUGCCCAGACGUUCCAGCUCGGGCUCUGACGACUAUGCCUACACGCAAGCUCUCCUGCUCCACCAGCGGGCGAGGAUGGAGCGUCUGAUGAAGGAGCUGCGGCUGGAGCAGCAGAAACUCGAGCAGCUGAAGGGUGACGUCAACAACAUGGAAUACGAUGCCCUUCAAAGACGCUUUCGACGAGUCAACUCCACCAGUCUUAUCCCCCGACCUGAGGAGAUGACCCGACUACGCAGUCAGAACAGACAGCUUCAAAUUGACAUUGACUGUACACUGAAGGAAACAGAUCUACUGCAGUCUAGAGGUAUGCACACAUCACUCGCACACAAAUGCAUUCCCACACAAAGCUUUGAAGUGUGUCUGUGAUUUAUUUGAAAGCACUGAUCUUGAAAGAGCCGAGGCCUGAAGCAGACGGUGUCGGCUCCAGAAUGAUGGACGAGUAUCCACUGCAGCGCGUGCAGAUGCAGGCUUGUGAAAUGACGGGCCGGUGCGUUGCAGGCCUCGGGCUGAUCUGUGCUCGCCCCCACUCUGGGCCCUGCGUAGUAUUUCACUGCCACAUGAUUCUUGUUGAUUCUGCAGUUGAGACACUUGGCCUACAACACAGCGUGUGGACAUUAGCUCCAAUCCUUGAUCUGUUUAGCAGGAGUGAUGAUGAUGAUGGAAGCUGAAACAGCACACUCACAAGUGUGACCGAUUUUCUUGCGGUCAGCCCGGCGCCACCGAACAUUUAAGAGGGGCUCUUCUGCAGUAAUCCUUCAGUUAUCUCAGGGAGCUUCAGGAUUCAUUUGGCUGUGUUUGUCUGACCCUCUGCUUUGCAAGACGUGCUGCAGAGAGCAGCCCCACAACGCGAUGCUGCCACAACACUCCAUGGCGCAUUGUGUGUCUGUGGAUGUGACAUAAAUGUUGGCCUUGUGAGAUCAGACGUUUCGUUCAACAGGAUGCAGCAAAUCACAGCGAUCGUGUUCACCUGUGCAGCACCGUUAGAGUCUGAUACCUAAUUUUCUAACAAAGACAAGAUUAUCGGUGCCGUUAAUUCAAGAUAAGCUCGUGUGCCUGUGAGAUGUGGCCUCGUGUUAUUCAUGUCACACCGUGAGAUUCUUGUUGUCCUGAAAUGGUAGCUGUAAAAUUAAUUUGACAACACGCAAACAUUUUACAUAAAAUUUGUUUACAACUUAAACUCUAAAUAUAAUUUGGCUUUGGGUUUUUAUCCUCAGUGUUGCUGCAGUUCAGUUUGUACAAAUCUGUAAAUGUUUCUGCAGCAGAAAAUCAUCAGGAGCAAAGUUGUAAAUAAACAUUUGUUUUUAACGACUGUUGAUAUUUGGGGCUCUAAGCUGUUGUGUUGGGAUUAGAUGGGCUCAGAAACAGAACUGCAGCCCUCUGAAAAGCCUGCUGUUGUCCUUGUGAUGAACGCUGUGUACAGGCAUAAAUUGCUUGAAUGGUUUUUCUGUAAUCCUGGAGUUUCUUCUACAAACUCGAGGACUUUGCUUACAGAGAAAAUCCAACAGUUAUUUAAGUAAACGUGUUACCAGCCUCGGCGGCUAGCUGUCCUUCUGUUUGGUGAUGAAACUAUUCUUGUCGUCUAAGCCGGCAAUAAAAUCCCAUGUUGUCUUAUUUCAUGUUGUUCUUAAAAUAUUUUUCUAACCACUGGGAGGCUGAUGCACGGUGGACCUCGUCGCAGCGUUGCACGCUCUCCUUCGCCUCCCUUGUAGCUAGACGUGCGAUCCUACUAAGAUGGAGGUGCCCCCGUGCCCCCCUAGGCUCAAUGGCUGAGACCUUAUGUACAAUCUGAGCCGUGAAAAGAUCCGUUGCACAAUUAGCAAUAACAGUGGCCAGUUUUACAAGGUGAGGGGCAAUUCCUGAAAUAUUUUUCCAGCCUUCAGGUUGUGAACCCGACUUCCAGCAUUACUCAGUAACCCCCCCCACCCCCUCCCUUUUUUU